CCCCUCAUUCCUGAACAACCUCAACCACAACCCUUUGCUCACCAAUAUUCACCAUUUGAGCAACAAAUGCUAAAUAGCAUGAAUGCUUUAAACCUCAACUACACUCAACUUCGGGAUGAAGUUGUGUUGUAUAGAACAGAGCAAAGGCAGGACUAUGAGAGGAUAGAGGAGAAAAGGCAAGGGGACUGGCGGAGAUACGAAGAAGAUCGGCGGAGAGAUCAGGAGGACCAUAGGAGGACUUUUGGCCCUAUCUACUCCUAUGUAGCACAUACAUUAGGGUGGCUUUUCAUCGAUGACCACUCCUCCUCCGACACCCUCAUGGUAUAACCUCACUGAAUGGGGUUAGUUUGGCGGUUCGAGCUCUAGUGGUGGAGGCGGGGAUGACGGACACGGCGGUGAUCACAUGGAUGAGGAUACACACUUUAGGGGCUACCAUGGCUAUUGAGGAUUUUUUUAUGGCGGAGAUGCAGGCGGGCACUAGGGACUGUGCCAUAGGCUAGCGGUAGGGGGGAUCUUUCCGGAUCCUAAGGGUGAUGACUAAAGAGAGUUCAUUGCAUGAAGAAAUUGGAAUUGAAGAUACCUUGAUGUAUUCUAUUUAUGUUGGGGAUACUUUGUGAUUAUUUUGUUUCUAAAAACACUUUGUGAUGGUUGUGUUGAUGAACUUAUCAUUUUAGGAUUUCUUGGAUUGCAUUUACUCGAGACGAGUAAAGAUUCAAGCGUGGGGAUAUUUGAUAUGCACUAGUUUAUAGUGCAUAAAUGUAUGUUUUUAUAUUGAUUUUGUAUGGAUUUUCUAUCGUUAUUA